AUGACAAAGAAAAAAGUUUCUAUUGCUACUCAUAUGAAUAAACAUUCUGGUGUUUUUAGAGAAGAUAGAGGGGUUAUGUUCUGUAAUUAUUGUGAUUUGUCUAUUGAAUGGAAAGCCAAAUCAACUGUUGACAGAUAUUGCAGUUUAAAGGGGUAUUUAAAAAACAAACAAGCAUAUGAAAAUAAAGAAAAAUCCUCCAAACAAGUUACACUUGCUAUUACUAUUGCAUCUGAAUCAAAGAGGAAG